CGGCUCUUUGUGGUAGUAGGUGUACCCUUGGGAGUUGCGCCUUCCACUCACUUCCCUACCUCGAACUGGCCUACCACCAUCCACUUACGCCUUCCUUUUUCAUCCGCUCAUUCCUGGCCCUCGAGUGGUAUAUUGUUUGAAGCCACUUGCAGAAGCUCUUGAAUCGACCUAGAUUGCCUAGCAAUGUGUUAAAAUGGACGCUCGUGGGAUCCAUCAGUCCCAAUCCUCCCGAGCGCCGCUUGGCGAUGCCACUGAUCGCGUCGUCAACACCUCAACACAGCAUGCUCGAAAACGCAGCAAGCUUCAGAACUCCGAUCCUAGUGCGGUCCAAGCGAACCCGAGAACUUCGUGGCAAAGUGCAACUCCACAAGCUGAAGAUGACGCGCGCCACUACGCAUCUGCCCCGUCUACAACGCAGUCGCUCACGUAUUCCCGAGUAGAUGGUGGAGAUGCCGAGAAGCGUGUAUCGCAGCUAUCGACAUCAAGUGGGGCAUCCAGCGGCAAACGAAAGACUCACGUUGGUCCUUGGCAACUUGGCCGAACCCUUGGUAAAGGAUCAGCAGGUCGGGUAAGACUUGCGAGACAUCGCAUCACUCAGGAACAAGUCGCUGUCAAGAUACUGCCCAAGCAUGGUUGCCAAAUGACACAGGCUAGUAGCCUCGCUUCGCUAGACAAAUGGGAUCGAAAGCAGCCCGGAUUCACCGCCGACAAUCGCAUGCCUCUGUCCAUCGAGAGAGAGGUCGCCGUCCUGAAGUUGAUUGACCACCCAAACAUCAUGAAAAUAUUCGAUAUCUGGGAGAAUCGCUCGGAAAUCUAUCUGGUUUUAGAAUAUGUCGAGCAAGGCGAUCUUUUCGAGUAUAUCAACAUCCAUGGGCCAUUGCCCGAAGAAGAGACCAUCUUCUUCUUUCGACAGAUGAUCAGCGCCCUGGACUAUUGCCACUCGUUCAACAUCUGUCAUCGAGACUUGAAGCCAGAGAACAUUUUGAUGACAAGAGAGGGUCAAAUCAAGAUCGCCGACUUUGGGAUGGCCGCCAUCCAACAGAGCCCAAACCACAAGCUGAAAACUGCCUGCGGAAGCCCCCAUUACGCCGCCCCAGAGCUGGUGAGCCGAAGGAAGCAUGGCUAUCGUGGAGACAAAGUUGAUAUUUGGAGUAUUGGUGUUAUCUUAUACGCCUGCCUAUCUGCCCGUCUCCCAUUCGAUGAUCCCAAUGGUGACCUUCCUCGCCUGCUUGCAAAGGCUAAGGCGGGGGCAUACGAAGAGCCUGCAUUUCUCAGUAGGGGUAGCAAGGACUUGAUUCGCAAGAUGCUGCAGCCAGAACCCAACGAUCGCAUCACGAUCCGACAGAUUUGGAAGCAUAGCUUCAUCGUUCAAUACGACUAUCUGGACGAUCUAAAUGGUAAGCGGCACGACGAUCAGUUGAAUGAUAUUCGAAAGCACGGAAGGAUCACCCGCUUGACCCCCGACGAAAUUGAUUUGCAAACCCUACGACAGCUCAAGUCCAUGUGGCACAUGUUCACGGAGAGAGAGCUUGCAUUGAAAUUGAUGAACGAAGAGCCCAAUGACCAAAAGCUUUUCUAUUGGCUGCUCUGCAACUACCGCGAGAAACAACUGGAAGAUUAUGGUGGCGAUUUGACAUACUCCUCUAGCGACUACCACCACCUACGCCCUGCAAACUGGACGAAAAAAAUCACCACGCUCGAGUUCCCUGCUCGAUAUGGAAGGACCCCAUCACGGUUUACGGUCAUCUCCAACAUGGCGACUGAUGACAAUGCGAUGGAGACAGCUACAGAUGGCGGCGGAACCAUACAGAGCUACGACCCGUACAAGUCGUCGCGCAUUAUGGACGACAAUGGCGAAGUCAGUCAUGCCAAGAUCAUCGUUCACCGAAAUGGAAGUCUGGCAAAGAGCUCUACACGAACGACCAACUUGCAGUGGAUGAGAAGCGGGUCGAUCAAAAGCAGCUCCACGUAUUCACGACGGGCCAGGGGAAAUCGAGGUAUUGCCGCAGCUAGUGGCAUAAUGUCGUCGCGCCGCUCUCUGAAUUCAGUCAGGAGCGGAGACGGAACACAUAAGAGACCAGCUUCGCGCCAUAAACGGGGCGUUAACUUUUCACACGUGCGCAGGCGCUCGGUCAAACACGGAGUGCUCACCAGUAUUGCUUGUGACGAUUCGAGUUAUGAUCAGGACCUCACGUCGCCAACAAGCCCCGUAGGGCAGGUCAAGCGCUCCAGGGGCUUAGGUCGAACCCGUCAUGGGACGCAACCGAUGGCCAACGGGUCUGAGACUGAUGACAGAAGCAGCAUCUGGAACGAAGAUUUGCGACAGUUCAGCUAUAGUAUUGCUAAAGAUUGCGACGAAGCUUUUAACAGCUCACUGCUUUCACCGGACUCGUAUCUCGGCAAUUCCUCUUGUGCGCCAUCAAUGAUGGAGUCUAGCGUCGUGGAGGCGGCGCCGGACUCCAAGUCACUCUCCGUGGUCAUGGACACGCCAACGCCCGCUGUUCAGGCUGGGAAGGAACCAAAACGGGAUUCGCGGCCGUGGGAUGCCCGGCCUUUGCCACCGGCUCCACCACCCACUGACUCUAUCCUUCACGAACUGAUGCUAGCCAAGAAGAGAACCGAGCUGCGCCGGGAGAAGUCUAAUGAAUCACCUGGACACGUUGAUAGAAUGAUGGCGCACCUGAAUCGACUUGUUCCGCCUGUCGGUUCAAAGAAGGCCGAGACAGAACGCAGGGUGGCUUCAGCCCCUAUUUACUCCCAGUAUAGUACGCAAUGGGGUAAAGACACCAUUCCCUUGCCUUCGAUUUCUGAGAAUCAGAGAGAAUCCUCUCGUGGAGACCAGGACAAGCAUCGUAUCGUCUCUGCACCAGUUGGUGACCAUGCAUUUGACCAUCGUACUGUCGGCCUGGUUGAAGAGCGCAGGGGACUAGAAUAUCUAGCUCGUCACGAAAAGACGAUUCGCAUGGUCAAGUCGCCCGCGGACAAGCCUAGCCCCGUGAAAGCUCCGGCCCCACUCAACAUUCGCAAGAAGCUAUCUAAACGCGUUACGGCUUAUCCUCAGUCAAAUCAAGAGCUCAGCCUUCGACAACAGUAUGCGUGUGGCGAGAUCAAAGAAACCAUCCCCGAAGAGCUUUUUACGCCACUUCAAAGCAAUUCAUUCGGUGCUGUCAAGAAGUCAUCUUGGUUCAAGCGAUCAUCCAAAGACAAGGAUGACAUCUUCAACUCGAAGGGCGGCUCUAGCUCUAGUCGAACGGAGGGUACGCCCUAUUCUGACAGCAAUGCCUCGUCCACUGGCCCUAUACCACCUGCCAGGAAGAAGAGUUUCAGCUUUGCUUUCUGGCGAAAUAGUAAAGAUCAAGAAGAGAUGAAGCUUUCCCUUGCUUUAGGUCCCGAAUUUGACGAAUCUCCCAGCCCCGAGCCUGUCAGAAUGUUCAGCCAUCCUGCCCGCCCGCCCCAUAGCAACCAGCGGAAUGACGAUGUAACAACCCGCAAUAUCGAACCGCAACAGAACUGGUUGGCUCGCCUAUUCCGAGUGAAGCCCGCGACGCAGCAUAUUUGCUUCACUAUUCCUCGACGCCGCGCUCGCCAGGAGAUCGCUAUCUUGUUGAGGGAAUGGCGCCGGUAUGGUAUUCGGGAUGUUCAGGUUGACAAGGACCGGAAUCUCGUUUUUGGCCGUGUGGGCGCAAAGAAUUAUCUCAACAUGAAGGAAGUCUCUUUCGCUGCAGAGAUCAUGACGGUCAUCGAGCAUGGCAAGCGCAACCCGCUCUGCAUUGUUAGGUUUACCCAGGAGCGCGGGGCCGCAAGCAGCUUCCAUAAGGUCGUUGACACGAUGCACGCUGUCUUCAGCGUGCGAAACCUGCUCGUGGUGGACAAGCGCAAGAUCAAGAUGAUGAUCAAAACGCUCAACUCCUGAAAGCACAAUAACCUUGUCUGUUCGACCUUCCGGGCUAUCUUUGCCGUUGAAAGCCUUGACCCGAACCAAUUGUUGGCUCAGCUACAUCUGCCAACAUGUAUUUCUAUAUCUUUUGUCCGGUGCUGUUUACCUUCUCCAGCUUUCGAGCUUAAGAAGACGCACUGUAGCAGCGAGUUGUUGCGUGCCCGUUACCCACCAAACCCCCACAAUACCUUCAUCCCGUUCGUGUCACAUUUAUUCUUCUCUAUACUCU